GGCAAUUAGAAACCGUGUUCGUGUGUUUGGUCCCUCGGCCGAGACACAGGCAUCGACGGUUGUUGCAGUGGUAUGCCAGGUGGCAUCGCUCCUACGACGGGUGUGGCACAGUAUCCUCGUGGCGUCACCACGUGGCCGAUACAAGCCCCGCGAGCUGGACCUCCCUAACGAGCGCCAACGCACGCCACGACAACAGAAAGGGGGGAGACCGAGCUGCCGGAGAGAGAGAGAGAGAGAGAGGGGCGAGAGGGACGGCGGAUAACAUGCCGACGACCGUCGCGUUUCUACCCCCCGUCUUCGUUCCUCUCGUGACCGCGGCCUCCUCCUCCGUCUCGCUGUCUCUCUGCUGCCGUCCGUCGGUGUCUUUACGUUCCCCUUCCGGUUCCCCCUUUGAACCCUCGAAGCCCCGGUUGCCCAUCAUCGUCGCCUGCACCGCCGCUCCGUUCAAUGAAUUCGAGGCCAAGGUCAGAGCCCAGAAGCAAUUGUGCAAGGUAGCUGAAUUUUCAGAAUCAACCUGCCUGGGGAUGGAAGAAACUAUUCACUGUGAUGGUGCCUUAAAUGUUGGAAAAGAUGAAUGUGCAGAAGUUGUCGAGAACACUUGGAUUCAGUUUCAGCCUCUCGUAUCAGUCCCAUGGGAUUCUCUUGCAUGCCUUCUUUUCUGGUGCAUGCUCUUGGGCCACCACCUUAGAGGCCUCGAGUACCUGUUGGAGCUCAUGCAACUUUUCAGAGAGUCUGUCAAAGUAGAAACUAUAUCCCAAGAAGGUGACAAUGAUGCUCGAGAGCUUCAGACGACUCUAAUUUUUUCGGUUGGCCGAAGAAGGCUGUUUGAUGAGCCAAGUAUGACCCUUAUUCGGCAGGGAUGAAGGUCUGAUUGCGCUUAAACUGGUAACAAAUUUGGCAGCUGAAAUUAACACCGAAAGAGAGUGGCCAUAUGGCAACUCUCAGAUCAAAAAGCCUUGCCUAGUAAUCGGACAUCAAAGCUGCAAUUUUUUGCUCUCUAUCAAUGAGUAGAUUAAUUGCUCAAGUACAUUUAGUGUUUUCCAUUUAAUUUUCAAGGCGGGCCAGGUAAUGAUGGAUACUUCGUUUCUGUCGAUAUUUCGUGAAGUCCUUAUCAACUCGAAGCAGUUGUCAUA